GUGUUUUUACCCUUUUUUUUUUCCCCUAUACGCGUCUCACCCAGUCGCCCGACCGGCCUCCUCUCCUGGCCACGGCGACGCCUCCUCCCCCGGCCACGCCGCGAAUACCUUGGGUCUCUGCAAUAGUCCAAUACCGAUCUGCGGCAGCUACUCUGCUCGUGGAGGAGAGCCGCCGCCGGAAGCCGGAAGGCCGGGUAGCGCCAUGUCGGCGCUAUUCAACUUCAAUUCGUUCCUGACCGUGGUGCUGCUGGUGAUCUGCACCUGUACCUACAUCAAGAUCCAGUUCCCCGCCAUCCUCAACGACCGCACCGGAUUCCGUGGUUUCUUUUGGAAAGCAGCCAGAAUAGGUGAACGCUUAAGCCCGUGGGUAGCUCUUGGGUGCUUUGCCAUGGGGAUAUCCACUAUUUUCUUCUGAGGCCUUCAUGAUUUUAAUCCAGGCUGCAGAAGAUUUGUAGGAAGAACAGUGUGAUUAUUAUUGCAUUGUUUUUUGUGUUUUUGGAGGAGCUUUUGUUUCAAUUUUAGCUGGGAUGUGGAGAUACGAGUCUGGCAAGUGCCAGUUGUUACUCUCAGGGUGGUGCCCUUGUCAGGAAAGAAGUGAUACUAUGGUUGCACCAUUUAAUGGUUAUGUUGUGUAUUGAACUGUUUAUGUGCACAUGGCAUGUUCAGAAAAUGCUUAAAUGCUCCUAACAGGAUAUUGCUAUUUCUCAGAUUCUGCUUAAUGCUAUAUGGAUGCGCAGGUUUGCUGCACUGUCAGCAUAAUUGAGCAGUUAAA